AUGCUCCAGAAGGUCUCUCGUAGUUUCGUUCUCGCUAUACAACAGCUGGAUACUGAGCCCCGCAACGUUGUCUGUCUAUUUUACCUGGUUCUUCGAGCUCUAGACACUGUCAAGGAUGAUACAAGCAUUGCAACGGAUGUCAAAGUCACUAUCUUGUUAGCAUUUCAUCGGCACAUAUAUGAUCCCAAUUGGUAUUUUACAUGUGGUACAGAUAAUUACAAAGUUCUCAUGGAUGAGUUCCAUCAUGUUUCAACUGCUUUUUUGGAACUCGGGGAAGGAGAGACAAGAGCCACGAUAUUUGAUGGUCUUGCUGGUGUUGUGGUGAUGAAGGCACAAUGA